UUGAAACGAUAAGGCGGGCAAUUUUGAAACGCUGGUGGAGAGCUGAUAUUUGCAUGCUGCUAGAAACCACUUGAAUUGAAAUUAAACGGCAUCUCGAGUUCUCAUGUUUAUAAGUGCAUUUGCGAUUUGAGUGGGUGCUGCACUUAACUUACUACUUACUUAGCUAGCGGUACUUUACAAAAUGAGCGGCAGAACACCGAGGACACCGCGACCAGCGUCGACUGGACAGACAAGCAAAAACAACAGGCAGAGCAGACCCACAGAUGGAGGCAGUCCACCGCGAAGGCGAUCUGCGAGACUGUCAGCGAACGAGGAAAACUUACCACCCAAAGUUGAGGCUCCACAAGUGGCUGUUAAACGAUCCAUUACUGUAAGGAAAAUUGCCCCAAGGAAAACCCAGGUGUCUUCAGAGCCUAACAAGGAAAAUGUGGAAAGACCAUCCAGUGCUACUAGAAAGAGGUCCCAAGUCUCAAGUCCUCCCCAAACUGAGACAUCAGCUCCCAAGCCUACUGUCCUGUCCCCCAUCCAGGCACCUUCAUCACCCCCUCUCCCACCUAGAGAACCGGAGCAGGACGCUGUGUGGUCCAACAAGGUCCGUCGGUCCUACAGCCGCUUGAGCAUGGGUGACCGAUCCUUUGAGAGUCCGAAACCGCAAUCCGCCUCAUCCCCCACACGCCGUGAAACGCUGUUUGGGUUUGAGAGGCUCCAGACCCCUGAGGUGAUCCGUAAGGCUGAUGUGUCGAGGGGAGCGCUCCAGGCCUCUUCCUCGCUCUGUGGAGGAUCUUUUAACCUCUCAGCAGCUGACGACAGUGUAUCCAACGCCCCAGAACCUGACCCGAACAUUCCUGGAGUUUGCCUGGUAAAGAAAAACCCUCGGAGGAAGAGGGUCCAACAAAUUAAGGUGAGACAAAGGGACAUUUGUGGCUGCCAAAUGAAUGCUGAGUUUGAAGAGGCUGAGAGUUUUGAGUUGGUGGUAGAAUGAAGCCGUGUUGCAGCUUUUAGAGACAGUUAAUACCACUGGAAAAGAGAAAAUCAAGAACAGAGGGAACAGAAACAGGAUUCUGUACUC